AUGUACAAUUACGUUGCAGGUGUUGCUAUUCAGUUUGAGUUAAGAGUGGGCGGAGAACCCUUGACAGGUUCAUUACAAUGUGAUUGGAAAACUAUUUGUGACGAGCUAUUGGGCAUUCUACCAGAUGAUCUGAAAGGCUCAAGAUCGAGUAUCCCGUGGUUAGUGUCCCAAUUUCCAGAUUUGCCUCUCGAUGUCGAUGACAUCAAAGUAUGUAGGUAUGCACGAGCAUACAUUAUGCAGCUUAUUGGAGGAUUUUUGUUCACUGACAAGUCGAACACUCUGGUACAUCUUAUGUUUCUCCCUCUAUUGUCUGAUUUCGAGCAUGUCAGUAUGUACUCGUGGGAUGGUACCUGUCUUGCAUGGUUUUAUAGAGAACUUUGUCGGGCUACUGAUGCACAAGCGUUGAAAAUAGUGGGAUCAUUUAUACUACUGGAAGUAUGA